AUGCUCAACGCCGAGUGGCCAUGGCACCGAUUCGGCGUGACGGGCGUCUACUCCUCUGUGCUCAUGAUGACGGGCCUCUCGAUCAACGUGCUCGGCCCGGUCGGGCCUGUGCUCAUGCGCCACCUCUCCGCCUCGCCGCACAGCAUCGGCUCCAUCUAUUCGGCCGAGGGCCUCGGCAACUUUCUCGGCUCCCUCCUACUCGGCCCGGUGCUCAGCCGGUUGCGGCCGCACGCCGUCCUCGUCGGCGUGAGCGCCCUCGUCUUCCUCUGCCUCGGCGCGGUGCCGUCCUGCUCGGCGCUGCACCAAGUGGCGUCGCUCUACCUGCUCAUCGGCCUCGCCUCGGGACUCGGCAACGCCACUGCCAACACAUCCCUCACCUGGGCCUGGCAUGGCGCCGCGCCGCAGCUCGCCGCCGCCUUCAACCUUGCGCGCCACUGCCGAGACGCUUCCACCGCCGCACCGCCGCCCAUCCGCUCGCCAGACGGCGACUAG